ACCGAGAAGAGUGACAGGGCUGUGCGCUCUGGGGCACUUCACGCAGACGGGAGUAGGGAGGCUGUUUUUUGCGCGUGCAUAUGGCAGUGGGGGAGAAGGGGGGGAUCCUGCUGCACUGGCCGCCCAAGUUGGGGGGCGAGCUCGGUGGUGACGCGCGGCCCUCACGUGACCCAGAGCUGCAGAGCGACGCAGCCUUCGGUGCAGUCGUCACUCGCGUCUGGCUACCAGCUCCCCGCUGCCCUGAGCUCGGCGGGCUGGCAUCCAGCCCGGAAAAAAGCGGAGCAGGUCUGCGAGGCUAAGUGUCCCCGCGGCGCACCUCGCAGCGAGAAUCCUGAGGAGGAGGAUACUGCAAGGAUAGGCCCAGAAAAACAACCAGAAAAAAAAAUCUCAUCAUGGCAAAUAUUCACCAGGAAAACGAAGAGAUGGAGCAGCCUAUGCAGAAUGGAGAGGAAGACCGCCCUUUGGGAGGAGGUGAAGGCCACCAGCCUGCAGGAAAUCGACGGGGACAGGCGCGCCGACUUGCCCCUAAUUUUCGAUGGGCCAUACCCAAUAGGCAGAUCAAUGAUGGGAUGGGUGGAGAUGGAGAUGAUAUGGAAAUAUUCAUGGAGGAGAUGAGAGAAAUCAGGAGAAAACUUAGGGAGCUGCAGUUGAGGAAUUGUCUGCGUAUCCUUAUGGGGGAGCUCUCUAAUCACCAUGACCAUCAUGAUGAAUUUUGCCUUAUGCCUUGACUCCUGCCAUUUAUCAUGAGAUUAAUACUGUGAUUCCCGCUGUUUUCUUUUUCCUUGCAUUUUCCUAAUAUGCCUUUACUGAUCCGUUUGCUGUGAACCCUAUGUUAUUUCCGUGUGUCAAGUGGGUCUUGUGUUGCCAGCUUCUAUUUGGAGAUUGCCUUUGCAUUCAGUCUAAUUUUCUGUCAGCAGUAGUUUCACCCAUUUGCAUGGAAAAAUUUAAAGCUAAUAAAGCAAUUUAAAAAGCAAUCUA